CCGCGCCGCCUCAGAGCCGCGGCCAUGGCGGCGGGCUUCGUCAGGGAGCUGGAGCGGCGGGGCGGCCCGGCUCUGCGGCUGGAGCAGCGGGCGGCGGGCGGCGUGGGCUGCGUGGUGUGGGACGCCGCGCUGGUGCUCGCCAAGUUCCUGGAGACCGGCGCCUGCCCCCUCGCCCGCCGAGACGUCCUCGAGCUGGGCGCCGGCACCGGCGCCGUCGGUAUCAUGGCGGCCACGCUGGGGGCGAACGUGACGGUCACCGACCUUGAGGAGCUCCAGGAGCUGUUGCUGGUUAAUAUAGAGAACAACAAACAUCUCGUCACGGGGUCAGUCCGAGCCAAGGUACUGAAAUGGGGUGAAGAUGUAACAGAGUUUCAGCCUCCCCCUGACUACAUACUCAUGGCUGAUUGCAUUUACUACGAGGAGUCGUUAGAGCCGUUACUGAAGACGCUGAAAGACCUCACUGGCCCUGAUACGUGUGUCUUGUGCUGUUACGAACAGAGGACUAUGGGAAAGAAUCCUGAAAUCGAGCGAAGGUACUUUGAGCUGCUUCAGACGGACUUCGAGCUGGAAAAAAUCCCCCUGGAUAAGCACGACGAGGAGUAUCGCAGCGCAGACAUCCACAUUGUGAAUAUCCACAGGAAACGAGCGCUGGCUGGAGCUCUGGAGAAGACGGAGAGAGCAUAGAACGUCGCAAAGGGACUGCCUCCAGCGUGGUGGAGACUCACCUACAGAACGCUGCUACCUGGUGGACUUGGCACGAGGCGCAGGGAGGAGCCGGCUCCUUCAACCCCGUGCCCUGAUAGCACCUUUCUGAGAGCACACACUGAUCUCUUCCUACCUGCGGUCUGGGGCAGAGGAAGGCCAAAAUGGAACCAGAACCUAAUCCAGAGCAGUGCUGGCUGCCCGUCCUGGGUACCUCCGAGUCGAGCGCACCCAAGGGCGCUCUGCGGAAGCCGCUGUGCCGUAAAGCAGCACCACGCACCCCCUCCAAGGAGAAACCCCCAUCAGCGGGCUCAAACAGGCCCAGAGAGCCGGUCAAUAAAACUUUUCCACUCGA